ACUCUCUUCACUUCUGCUUGUUGUUGUUUUGUUGUUUUGGUUUCCCCUCCAUACAGGCGUGUCUCACUUUCCACCACCACCACGCGUGCCCUAGCAUUUGAUCCCCUGAUUCGACUUCCCAAGCAAGCAAGCAAGCAACGAUGAUGAAGAGCAUGCUGGCGCCUUCCUUGCGUGUGGCUGCAUCUGUGGCCAUGCGUCACGCGAUGGCUCCUGUCGCGCAGGCGCGGUUCAUGGCGACGAAGAACGCCAGCCCCGUGCCCGAGCUGGACUACUCGCACUUCCCCACCAUCCCAGGAACUUCCAUGCGGUGCCUGAAGAAGCAGGAGCGCAAGGAAGGGCUCUGGCUGGACACUGCCGAGCAUCCCCAGAUCAAGCCGCACGAGAUCCUGAUCAACGUGAAGCGGGCGGCCAUCUGCGGCACCGACGUCCACAUCUACAACUGGGACGAGUGGAGUGAGAAGACGGUGCCCACGCCGAUGAUCACGGGUCACGAGUACUCGGGCGUCAUCGCUGAAGUCGGAUCAGAGGUCGAGGGCUUCAAGGUUGGUGACCGCGUGACUGGCGAGGGCCAUCUCGUGUGCGGCCACUGCAGGAACUGCCGUGGCGGGCGCCAGCAUCUGUGCCGCAACACCUUUGGCAUCGGCGUCAACCGACCAGGCGCCUUUGCGGACUAUUUCGCCCUCCCGGCGUCAAACGCGUUCAAGUUGCCUGAUGCAAUUACGGACGAGACCGCCGCCAUCAUGGACCCGCUCGGCAACGCCGUGCACUGUGCGCUGUCGUUUGAUCUGGUUGGCGAGGAUGUGCUCAUCACGGGCGCCGGCCCCAUCGGCAUCAUGGCCGCUGCAGUCUGUCGCCAUGUGGGUGCCCGCCAUGUUGUGGUCACGGACGUCAACGACUACAGGCUGGGCCUGGCGAAGCAGUGUGGGGCGACGGUUGCGCUGAACGUUGCUGCUCCAAACUCUGACGAGCUGCUGCACGCGACGAUGAAGAAUCUUGGCAUGACGGAGGGAUUUGACGUUGGCCUUGAGAUGAGCGGACACCAGAGCGGGCUGCGCGACAUGCUCAACAGCAUGAACUCUGGCGGGCGCAUCGCUAUCCUCGGCAUCCCCUCCACGCCGUUCCCCAUCGAGCUCGACAAGAUUGUCUUCAAGGGGCUGACGGUGAAGGGCAUCUAUGGCCGGGAGAUGUACGAGACGUGGUACAAGAUGGCGAACAUGCUUGUGGCCGGGCUGCAGGAGCGCAUUGCUCCCGUGAUCACACACCGCCUCCCCUUUGAGAACUUUGAGGAGGGCUUCCAGGCCAUGCGCAAGGGCGAGGCCGUUAAGGUUGUGCUCGAGCUGUAAUGCAGACGUACAUGUAUCCAUUCACGCAUCACACAUGCAGGCGUAACAUGAACGCAGCGCUUUCAGCUGCAUUCGUUUCGUGUGCUGUGUGCCGUGUGCUGUGUGUGAGCGCUUUUCUGGCUCUGUGUGCUGGUGUGAGCAGUGCUGUGCCGUGUUGCAUGGCCUCGUGUCGUGCUCUGUGGUGUUGGUUGGUUGGUUGGUUGGUUGAUGUUGGUUGAUGCUGGUUGGUGUUGGUUGGUUCGCUCAGAUCAUUACAACACAAAGUUGAGAAAGGAC